AUGGCUUUUUUGAGCAAAAAUGAACAAAUAACAAACGAGAAAGAGAAUAAUGAAAGAGAUGAGCUACCUAGGGACUCACUGACACUGUUAGAACUACGUAAGAUCUUAUCAGAUGCCUGUGAAAAAGAAACAAUUAAAUGUGCUUUUGUAUACGCUGAUACAGAUACACGUGAAAACGAGCUUGAAGAGUGGUAUGAUGGAUGUAAUGUCCAUAUUAUUCAAGGAAAACAUGGAAAUGAUUUGAUUGUGUUAGAAUGGGUAAAUUGUAAAACUAAAGAAAAAAAAGAAUUUAUUACCCGUUGUUUGAAAGAAUUAGACUCUAAAAACAUUAAAGAGCGUAUAAAAUCAUUCUUUGUUUUAUUUUACUUAUCACAAGGAAAUUAUGGAGAGACAAAGGACCAGCAAGAUCAAAUGUAUUGGAUACAUGAAAAUAACAAAAUUAUGAACGAAUGUGGUGCACUUAAAAUAUUAUAUGAUUCAGUAAGAACAUGUAUUAGCUCAUUAAAUGCUUAUAAAAAAAUUAUUGAAGAAGGAUCAGAUAAAAUAGAAAUGGAUAAAGCAAAUUUAUUGAAAAUAGAAUUAAUCUGCAAAAUGACAUCACUUUAUUUUCUUAUUGAAACGUUUAGAUCUGAUUUAGAAUUUCGUAAAGAUGUUGUGAAUCUUUUUCCACCUAUAAUAGUAUGGAUUAUUCAAGAAAUUGCGAAUUUAAGAGAUGAUUUUAAUCUGUGGAAGUCAUAUUUUCCUAUUAUUCAAACUAUUCAGAUUUUGUGGAAACUUAUACUUUGCGUUCUUGGGAAUACAAACGAUCUAUUAAGUGCAAAACAAUACGCUAGAACAUUGGAAGGAUUGCCAUCAGAACUUAAUAAAAAAGAAAUCAUAGCAACACCUCUUGAUUAUCAUAUAUUUAGACAAUAUAUUAUUUCAAAAUAUCCGUCGUAUAACCCUCCACCUACAUUACUAGAUAUGGAUUUAGAAUAUACUACAUUACUUCCUAUGAAUACAAAAGAUACAACUAAAAAGGCACAAGAAGGAAUUUGUCCUUUAACUACAAAUUAUUCAGCUACUCCGUUACCGUCUCCAUGUCCUUCUCCUAAAAAAAGACAAUUUUUGUUUGAAAAGAAUCAGGAUUUACCUUUCUUGCUUCCUCUUUCUGAUACACCUCAUUUAGAAGUACCUACAAGUAUUAAAGAAGCUAGUGAAUUAUUCAAAAGUAAAACACAUCUUGAUUUAUCUACACUACAAUUAUGGAGGGAAACAAACAGAUUUAUGAAAUUUGAAAGAGGCUGGAUUAAAGAUAAUCUAGAUUUUGUGGAACCAUUCUCUUCAGAUAUAGCAAAAGAUUCAUUACAGGAUUCUAGAUUACAUGAAAUUGAAAUUAUAUAUACAUCACUAGUUUCAUAUUUAGAACCUUUUGUAUCUGUAAUAAUAGGGUUUUUAAAUUUUUUAAUAGAUGAAGAAGAAAACUAUAUAAAAAAAGAUAGAAAUGAAAAGGAAAAUAAAAGUGAAAACUUUAACAUUUUUUCUCCAGAAAAAAUUCUUCAGAUGCGAAAAAGAGAAAUUGCAUCAAAAUCAAUUUCUUCAACAUUAUUACUUCUUUUAAAAUGGUUUAAAUUAAGUCAUAUUUUAAAAUUUGAAUUUCUUUCUCAAAUAAUAUUAGAUUCCAAUUAUAUUAAUACUUUUAAUAAAUUAUUUUCUAUGUAUGACCCUGUAGAUUCUAUUUCACAUAUCUCAGAAAUUUCAUAUUUUAGUUAUUUUAAUACUUGCAAUAUGCAAUCAGAAAAUCUAAAUAAACAUUUAAAUGAGGUAUAUAAUUCUAUAGAAAAUAUUGAAUCAAAAAAUCCAAAAGAUAAAGAAACAAACAAAAAUCAAAUUUCCCAACUUUCUUGGAGGAAUUUAUUUUCUUUAGUCAAUCAUCUUAGAAUCCUUCAAAAACUUAUGAAAAAAAAAACAUAUAGAAAUUUAAUACUAAUUCAAAAAAAAACUUGGAUUCAUCUUCAAAAACUAACAAAAAUAACGAAUGAUAUUGUAGAACUUUAUACAUUAAAACUAUUUAAAGGACAAAUUCCAUAUUAUAAUAAAAAAUGGAAACAGAAUAAUAUGAAAAUAAUAACAUCUAUAUAUCUUCGUUGCAGGCCAGAACUUCAAGAUGAUUGGGUUUCACCAGUAGAAGUAGAUGUAAAUAUAGAAGAAUCUUUGGAACGUGCACUUCGUUUAUUAAUAAGCUUUUAUAAUUUUUAUCAUUAUUCAUUUCCUAAUCAAUUUAGCGACAUAGAUACAAAAAACAGUGAUAUUUUCAACACUUAA